ACCGAGCCAGUGCCUGUCGAUCUUUCAAAAAUCAAUUACAAACUGCUAUUACGUCGAAAUGUACCUGGUAACGGGCCUUACAUGGGAAUGCGUCAUCAACGGGGUGGAAAUCAACGUGGAGCUGGGCUUGGUGGCAUUAUUGGCGCUGCUAUGGGUCUUUUGCCGAAACUAAUUAAUUCUUCUUUUGGAAAACAAGUCUUGAGUGCUGGGAAAGAACUAACCGCUGAACUGGCUCAAGGUAAAGAUUUAAAAUCAAGCUUGAAAAAUGUAGCCGUUAAGAAAAUUAAAGAAAUUUCUGGUUCGGGUCAGAGAAGAAAAAGCAUAAAAGAAACUAGUGUUUGAGUAAUCAAACCUCAUUUGCUUUCCAAAUCACGAAACAACUUUCUCUAAACAUGAUUGGCCGUAUGGAUCCAAAAUCUCAUGACGUCAUCGUUGAUGAUCUAGAUUUUUCCACAAUGCCCGGUACUCAAACCUGUAUUCAAAACUCUCGUUGGACUGUUGUCAACUUGAAAAAUGCGUUUCAAGCCGAAGGUCCUUGGGAGUUUGUACUGGGCAACAGUUCAAGAUCUUAUCUCAAUCUCAAGCGAACCUAUCUAGUCUACACCUUUAAUAUUACCGAUCAAAACGGAGCUAUUGUGAAUAUACCUAAUCCCAUCACUAAAGAUAGUUUGGUUUACGCCCCAAUCAACAAUAUAGCUCACUCUAUUGUGAAAAACUUUUCUCUUCACAUCAACUCGCGACUGGCUUAUCACAACUCUUCAAACUAUGCUUACAAGGCAUAUUUUGAGAAUGCACUAAUGUAUGGAAAAGAAAUUAAAAACUCUACUCUCACUGCGGCUGGAUAUUUCCACGAAGAUGAAAUUGGCUCUCCGACAAGUAAGGGAUUCCUUAAUCGAUGUGGUACAGGUACAACGCAAGUUGCCGCGAACAUUUCUCUCGAUUUGAUGAAUCAACCACGGGUUUUGCUAAACUCGUGCAACGUGAAGCUAACUGCAUACCCAAACAAUAGUGAAUUUUUGAUUGAGGCUUACAAUCAUGGUCAACAAAAGUUCAAAUUCAACGUUACUGAUGUUUACGCUCUUGUUAAUGAGUUUGAUCUAACAGAUGGUUUGUCAAACGAGUUGGAGGCUGCAAUCAUUGAACACAAGAUGAUCCAAUACCCAAUGAUUUCCUCACAAGUUCGCAGUUGCUACAUUGAUGGAGGGCGGUUUGACGCCCCUGCAAAUACGUUGUUCACUAGUAAAAUGCCUCGUCGACUCUUUCUGGGUCUAGUUUCAAGCGAAGCUUACAACGGAUCAUUCGGAACAACUCCGUUCAACUUCAAACCAUAUGGCGUGCAGGACGUUCACAUUGAUUAUUGCGGUCAAACAAUUCCAGGACGACCAAUGAAUCUAGACUUUGAGAAUAACAAGUUUGUGGAGGCCUACGUUCAACUUCAGGAAACACUUGGUCACACUAGAAACAACUUUAGCUGCAAUUCGAUCGACAUUUGAAUGUUCAGAUCUAAAGGAUACACGAUUUUUGGAUUCGAGUUGAGCCCUGUGGCUCAGGAUAAUAAUCUUUUCGAACUAGUUCGUCAAACAAACGUUAGCGUACGCCUCAAUUUCAAAAAGGAAACUCCACCAGGAGGUCUCUACUGCAUCGUCUACGCCGAAUUUGAUCAAAUAUUUGCCCUAGACUUUAUGCGUAACCCUAUUGUUGACAGUAUUGUUUAA